ACAGUUUCUGUGAGACAUCCAGACUUUCCGGAUUCUCUUAUAAACGGAGUCCUGUUUCAUGCGCGCUAUUUGGGCAGUACACAGCUGUUGUCUGAACGACAACCGACACGGAAUUCGCGAAUGUACCAGGCCCAGGAAGCAGUCAAUCGGGUCAAAGCGCCGGAUGGUGAACAUCAACCGCAUGCACCUGUUGAACUUUUCGUCUCGACCGAAAGGCUUAUGAUUCUCAAUGCAAACCUCCAGGAAAUUCUCAUCGACCAUGAGCUCCGUAUGGUCUCCUACAUAGCCGAUAUUGGAGACAUCUUUGUCCUCAUGGCGCGCCGUCCUUCAGUCAAUCAGUCAGAUUCAUGCAAUAUGCCUCCGGACGGGACCGUGCCAGAAACAGAGACAAACACAUCCAGGUCGGAUUCAGGUGGGAGUAGCACCCUCUCGGAUACGUCCACUGAGCCUUCCGACUAUCGUAUACGUGGACUUUCGAAAACCGUGUUCGAGCGAACACGGAAGCCUGACACGAAGUUGGUUUGUCAUGUUCUCGAAAGCUCCGACGCCCGUCUAAUUGCCCAAUCUGUUGGACAUGCGUUUCAACUGGCCUAUCUUGAUUUUCUGCGUGAAAGUGGAGUUGAAGAUCUCACUUCCGUGAAGCACCUCAACUAUCAAGACGUAUUGAAUCAACAGGAGAUUUUCUGUGAUGAACUGACCAUGUUUACGGACAAACAGCGACACAAACAGAUCACCAUUCCAAAACAACGGGGUGAACCGUUGGGUGUGGUAAUUGUAGCUUCGGGCUGGGGGAGCCUAUUACCAACGGCAUUGUUGGCCAACAUGAAUCCACUCGGACCGGCCGCCCGAUGUGGUCAGCUGAAUAUCGGCAACCACAUCAUAUCUGUCAACGAUCAAAGUCUAGUCGGACUCCCUUUGAACUCCUGUCAGCAGAUAAUAAAGGCGUGUCGCAACCAAACGUCGGUCAGGCUAACGGUGGUCGACUGUCCACCGGUGGUGGAAGUUCUUAUCCGUCGUCCGAAUCUUCAAUACCAACUGGGCUUCAGUGUUCAAGAUGGUGUGAUCUGCAGUUUGUUACGAGGCGGGAUAGCAGAACGGGGUGGAAUCCGAGUAGAUCAUCGAAUCAUAGAAAUUAAUGGAGAAAGUGUGGUCGCUGUCCCACAUGAGAAAAUUGUGCAUUUGUUGGCGACAUCUGUUGGCGAAAUUCACCUCCGCACAAUGCCUACUUCGGUGUUUCGACUCCUAACGGGACAAGAUGUGCCCAACUACAUUUAGAGGAUCUCCCCUGAUCGUUGUGAUCUCUGGCUUGCCCAUCUCUCGAAAGAUCCAUACUUGGAUCUCAUCAACGCACUACUUGCGCCGCUGGCAGUUGUACAUAUGUUUGCUGUACAUUUCAUCUCAAAGGCUUCCGUUUGCAUGAUUCAUGAACACCAAUAAAUAGUGCGUCUCUGUUUAUCUGUACUUUAUCUCGAACGCUCCCACCGCUUUAUUGGAUACAUUUUCUUGAUGGUUUCCCAUUUAUUUCCCAUCAUUGUCAUUUAUUAAUCAGCCAACUUUCUUACCUUCAUUUGUUAUCACUUCUCGUCCGCAGUAUUUUUACGUGAGAAUUGGAUCUGAGUUUCGUUUCUUCACUGUGCAAGUGUCUUCUACUACUCACGGUUUGCCAGUCGGCCCGAAAUUUCUCAAUACCAUGAACCUAACUGACAUGCGCUAGAUAACAGGCAAUGAAUGCAGAUGGCAGUCUA